AUUACUCCCACAGACAGCUAUUGGGUUUUUCUGAUCAACUAUUAAUAGAGUUGCGAUAUAUUUAAUAAAUGCCAGCGUCCCUACUGAGUGCUUAAGGUUUAAAUGGUUUUUCAUUUAACUCCGGAUCUAAAUGAAUACGAAGUCUAGCUAUUGCAACUAAAACACUGCGAAAGACCUUGGACCCACCAAUGAAUCUGAUUUUUGAUUCCGCAAAUGUUUGCCUAAAUGCCUUGCGAGCAGCAAGAAUAUCCACUCGUCAUGUGCAAAGUGCGAAACUGAAGCUGGGAAUAUCAUGGCGAUUCAUCAAUUGAAAGCAACAAAAAGCGUAGUAGAGUGCUCAGGGAACCAUGGCGAUGAUCAAUCACGUCACGUGUUCAAACUCUUAGACUAUGUUGGAUACAGCCAUGAUAUCAUCGCAGAAAGGCGGAGAGUGUUCCAUGGGAUAGACGCGAUGAUUAACAACGCAAGAGUGGACAAAAUUGUGCAAGUAACUGCCGGCAGCAAGGCUGAAGGCUUCGCAUCGUGUUUUGAAAGCGACUACGACUACUUGAGCAUAUAUCAAAAUAUUGUUUGUAAAUUUGAAAUUUUCACAAAUAUGUUUUCAAAUGACACAACAGAGUUUUGCAUGUUAGGGGAAGAAUGCCACCUAGGAAAGUACACACUGAAGUUGUUAACAAGAGGUGUUAAUUUGCCGAAAAUCAUUAAAGCGUCGCUAGUCACAAACCACAAUGGUGAGAUUGUAAUUGCUAGUGAUUUGUUUACGAAAGAAUUUGAGCGAACCAUUUCUUUUGAUUCAGCGGGUGGAUGGAACAAGGGAACUAGGACGGGACCCUCCGUCCCUUCGACCCGUGGGAUAUAUCGCAGGGAUGACGUGUACGGAUUUCGUUGCGUUGUCCAAAAAGAGGUUUAAGCCGACUGGGCUAAACGGGAGAGACCCUUUGGGUGGCCAUUGUGCUGACGUCAUAAAUGACGUCAUGAAUCUAGAUGCGCAGCUACUACCAGUUGGAUGUAAAGGUUCAAGUAAUCGAGGCAUGGAGUGGCGCAUCUGUUUUAUUUAUGCGGAAUCGAAGCUAACUGAAAAUUUAAACGAGUGUCAGUAUAAACUGUACAUUCUACUAAAAAUUAUUAACAAAGAGGUACUUCAUCCAAUCUGCACUGAUAUGUCGUCUUUUAUCAUGAAGAAUGUGGUAUUCUGGAUUGUUGAGUCGCACCGUCAGGAGAUAUUCCGUGAGCAGAACUUUAUGCACGUCUUCCAAAUUGCUCUGACAUUCCUCAAGACUGCACUUGUCAAUAAUAAUCUUCCGUACUACAUGAUACAUGGUAGGGACCUGUUGAUUGGACGUACUACUGAAAACGAAAGGUCUGGAUUAAUCAGUAAAAUAGAAAAACUUAUCACUGAAGAUGGACGGAUAAUAUAUCGGUUACCGAAACUACGAGAGGCUAUGGGUACUGUCCCUCCCGACGAACUUGAACAAACGGGAAAGCGUAGGGACAAACUUGAGCGCCUUGAGUUGACGCGCCAGUACAUGAACGCGUCGUACCGGGCAUCAAAUCUGCAACGGAGAGAGAUAGCCAUACUGUGUUGGAAUUACAAGAUAUACCGGGAUGCUCUCUAUGAAAUAUUCGACAUGGUAUGGCCACAGUGGAGAGACUUUUUAAUAGCGGAAAACCGAACAGAGACGCUGAACACGGUAAUAGAGAGCAUUGGGGACGCCGGUACCUUCAGGGAUCAUUAUUUGAGAUUCGCCCAAAGUAAUCUCAGUUUUGUAUGGCCUCAUGUGAAAUCGGAAGUUACGGUCAAGGAAGAUACAUCCGAAGAGUUGAUAAUGGAACUGUUUGCCAUUUUACGGUUAAAAAUGGAGAGAGAUUUGUCGUAGAAUAUAAUAUAAAGCUGAUGCUUACAUUUUUAUCAAAGUUUAUUAUUGUGCUGAACAUAUUUGUUGGAAAUAUGAUAACCAUAUAUAUUUCGAAUAAAGGGUUACAUUAAAUACUGUCAAAAUAUGUGCUGUAUACAUAAUUAUUUUACGUGUGUACUGCCUUACAUGCACAAGACUACGAGUGUUUCACAUAUUCACUGUUUUAAUAAACUCGCAGCAAUCAUUAUGCUGCCAUAUUUAACAGCUGAAAUAUGCAAUGGAUUAUAGUUGCUAUUGUAAGUAUAACGCUUUUCAGGAUGCAAACUGUGGUCACAUGUUUUGUUUUGAAUCUCAUAUUUAUAUACUUUGUUUCUCGCACGCUUUUGUCAUUCACACCACACAUAGUAUGCAUGUUUAUGUCUAAGAAUCAUCAAGUCUUUUCAGAGAUCCAUUCGUUUAUUGACAGAUCUUAUAGUUAUUGAGAUUUGAAAAUAACAUUUCUUGUUUACGCAGAACUGCAACCUGUGUCAGUGGCUUUAUUUGUUGUGGGUUGCUCCUUCCAACAAUUUACGUAUGUAUGUAUGUAUGUAUGUAUUUCUUUUGACCUUGCCAUCAAGGAUAACCCUUGAAAGUGCAAGCACUUAUUUCCAAUAGGGUCCGUUGGUUUUGCUAAAGAGACAGCAAUCUGAAGAGACAGUAAUGGGAUACAAGGAAUCCGGGUGCGAUACCCUAGCUCUUGGUUCUUUAACGUGCUCAUUGUAUAGCAACGAUACACGCGAGAAUUACCUGGGUUUUAUAGUUGGGUGGGAAACACUUAAAGCAUUUCUGAAAUGUCCAGUGCCCCGGCCAGGAAUUGAACCGGGGACCUCUACAAUGGUAGACCGGAGUGUUACCACUCGACUACCGCACCACCUAACAUGAUUAACAGUCGUAAAAAUACAUAAAUGAUUCAUACACAAAUUGGAGAACCCUGUAACAUUCAAGAUGUGCCCUACCCUGUGUUACCCUUAUAUUGCGAAAUAUAUCAGUAUGUUCGCGUACCUGUUUUGAUAAGUUUG